UUUUAAUUCACUUCCCUCCCUCGCCUCUCUCCUCCACGUGCUCUGCCUCUCACUUCCUCUAAUUCCAACGCCAUUUCACUCCUUCCCUCCCUAUCUCUCUUCUCUGCACCUGUGGCCCGUGCUUGUGGGGGUGGGACUGUGGAAACAAACACCUGCAAGAAUGAUCCCCGUGGAAGGAAUCAAAGGUGGUGGAGCGAGAGUUGGCGCUGGCGAGGACGACAUGGGCGAUGGAAUGCAAUGCAGCGACCAUCCUUACAAAAACAACCCCGGCGGGAUCUGUGCCUUUUGCCUUCAGGAGAAGCUCGGCAGGCUUGUUUCCUCCUCCUUCCCUCUCGCCAUUCGUCCCUCUUCCUCCUCCUCCUCUUCCCCUUCUUUCAGAUCCGAUAUGGCUCCUUCUGCCUCAGCCACUUCCGCUGCCCCUUCCUCUUCUUCCCUCUCCUUCUCUGCUCGUCCGGCGUCGGCUCUCAAGAGUGGGGCAAAGGAUUCUCGGUACCACCAGUAUUACAUCCGACGGGCCCGCCUUCCUUUUCAUCUGGCCAAGAAAAAGAACAAAGCCUCCUCUAACAACUCCUCCUCCUUCUCAUCGGCCGCGCCUUCUUCUGCCUCUGACAUCAUAUUCAAGCGAAGCAAGUCCUCCGCUGCGCCCGGGACGGGGAGAUUCUUGAACGAUGCUGGGGACGGUGAUAUAGCCAUCGAAAGCUUCAGGCCCAGAAAAAGAAAUGGGUUUUGGUCCUUUCUUUAUCUUCCGUCUAAAUCCUCUGCCUCCGCAAAAAAGUUGGAUACCAAGAGCUUCGGGGACAAUCGUAACAGCCCACGCGUUUCAACAAUCACACGGGCAAUUGCGGGGUUGAGUUCUGUGAAGCAGAAGGACAAGUUCUUGUGUGCCGAUUUAGGAAGAAAGACCGACGUUGGGGGGGAAGAGGAUGACAGUCCCAAUAGCCAGCCCACAGCCUCUGUUACGUCCUUGGAGCGCAAGGUCUCGAGAUCCAGAUCUGUUGGGUGUGGCAGCAGAAGCUUCUCCGGUGACUUCUUCGAGAGAAUCUCUACCGGAUUUGGAGAUUGCACUCUCCGGAGGGUGGAAUCCCAACGCGAAGGUAAGUCGAAGGCUGUGACGGCCACCGCCGUCAUGAACCACCACCACCACCAAUGCAUGAAGGAAAGAGUGAAAUGUGCUGGCAUAUUCAGUGGGCUCAUGAUGACUUCGUCCUCUUCAUCGUCGUCGUCUUCCUCGUACUGGGUUUCAUCCUCUGCGGAUAAUCAUGUGAACGGCAAAUCCGCGGCUGUGGCCAUCUCCCACGGGCGGACAAGGAGUUGGGGUUGGGCAUUUGCGAGUCCCAUGAGAGCUUUCAGUACCAAAAACAAGAGGGAUAUCAUCAGAGAUGCUUCUGAUCAUAAGAACGCCGCGACGCCAAAACCAAAUUUGUCCGAUAUUUCUUCAUUGCUUUCCGUCGGAGGUUGAAACGCAGGGGAGAUCAUACGCGAAAAGGAAACAACACAAUACACGAAAUGGAGCGGUCUAAUUUAAACAAUACAAAUUCCUCUGUUUAUUACUCCGUUGUUUAUCUUGUCCGUGACUUUCUUUGAAAUGUAAUACUUGGUAGAGGGUCGCAUCUUAUCGUUAAUAUUCAGGUUAUGGAAGCUGUGUAUGGCGCUGUGCGGAGGGUUUAGAUUUAGAGAAAGGAAAACAGAAGUAAAGAAAACUCGCAUUACAAUUCGUUGGUGUCAUGUGUCGUAGUUCUGCUUUCCUGUGACUCUGGUUGUAUUAUCAUUAUCUGGGGUGUUGUGUUGUGAAAUUCAUCAGUGUUGAGUGAAAGUUGAAUGCGAGUACAGUUAGAGAUCA